AUGGCUCAGCGAUGCAGCCAGAGGGUCGUGAUGCCGACACGACUAGCUGGUGUGCCACGUAGCGUGUAUGAAUCGACAUCUACACCUGUUGGUCUCUGGCGGGCGAUGCUGCUCGUCCGAUCGUCAGCAUGCAAGUUGUAUGCCCUCCCCGUAGGCUUUAUGCCGGUGAUAGAGUCGAUCUCGAAAAAAGUCGUCGACACCGAGUUUCCACCGCGUUAUCUUUCCAAGGCGUCUCGGAACUCGAUCUUCAAGAAGCAACGCAUAGACGUUGAACUCUCCUGCGCGGACACUGCCCUUCCUCCGCUUGCCGAAGAUGCCGAGGCGGAGGCGUGCAGUGGAUAUAUCCCUCCCACCCAGCGUGCCGUGCAAGAAGCAAACGAGGAUCUCGAUCAAGAUGGCGGAAGCAAAGUCGUAGACAUUCCUGACAUGUGUCUCAUUUUUCCAGACGAUGGAUAUCUCGAGGUCUUCUCCGCAGGUAGAGAAGGAGUCCGUCGUUCAUGUGGUCACGAAGUUCUUGGUACCGCAGCUUGCAGCGUUACGCCCGAACCUAUCGACUAUGAGGGCCUUACCGCACAGCUCACUCAGGCGGUCAAGCCUCAUAUAUCUCAACUCAUCGAUUUCGCACCGGACAAGCGGGGGACAGCAGGCCUCAUCGUUGACAGUUUCAUCCCUAUCCUGCGUUCCUUGCAUGCAGAAUUCCCUACGUUCGACGCGACGCGAAGACUUAUCGUUGGUAGGCUUGCUACCGAGGUGCGCAAGAUGCGAUCGAGAUCGAGACCACUAUUGCUCAACACAAAAAUGACGUGUUGCACAAACAUGUCCAUCGUUCAGUUCGAGCCAGAACCUCUGUCUUUGCGUUCUCAAUGGCUGCGGUCAGCUUGGGGGCCCGAUGUAUUCUCGUCGUCGUUGUGCAUUUGCAAGAAAGGCCUGUACCGCGCCGUCCGCGGGCCGAUCGUGAGCCGUGGCCACGUAGACCGUCACCAUCAGAGCACUGUCAGGCAAACUUGUAGUGGCGAGGGAGCGGAAGUAGAGGUUGAGUGCUUCCGUGAGGCCACCACGGAACGUCCAGGACCGCUAAGGACUGUAGGGACUAGGACGUCAACGUGA